GAGCUACGUUUUUAGUUUGAGGUUUGCCUGGGUGUUUCACGGGAGUCUUUGAUGUCCGCGUCUGCAGCUAAAUAGUCACUUCGGGACUCGGGUGUUUGUGUCGCCUGCCGCUCCCAGCAGGUGCAGGAUUCUGCUCCGGCCGGUCUCCGGCAUCGGUCCUUGCCGGCUCCUCUCCGCUCCAUACCUUGUUGCAAUUACGGUUUAGGCGAAACCUGUAAUUUUCGAUGGCAGUGACGUUGUCCUUUCGGCAACGUCCCCAAUGCCUGAACGAGAAAUAACUUUAAGAUCAUCUUCAAGAGGUUUUCAAGUUCUGCCAAACUGGAGUUCAUCCUUCAGGGAUGCUGUGCCAAAACCUGUCAGUGGCAGAACUGCUAGAUACAUGCUGAAUCUUUCAUGCAUAAAGGACUACCUCUUCAUGACCUGGUCAUUAUCUUUGACAAACUGGUGAAACCAUAGGAAAAUGAAUUUCUCUUCGUUGAAUUCUGGUCUAAAAAUAUCGGGAGGGAGAUUAAGUGUUUCAACAAGUAACGCUCUAAUGGAUGACAGAGACUUUCCACCAAAUGAUCUGCAAAUAGACUCAAAGGACAGUCUUCCUGCUAACUACCGAGUAGAAAGUUUGGCAUCUCAUCUGAUUCCUUCAGCUGAUGAAAAUGAAAAUCAACUAGACAGUGAUGGGAAUGAAGUUCUGACCAGUAGUAGCAUUGUUAUGGGACGACAGGAUAAAGGUGAACAGGAUAACAUCAAUAAUAAUGAGAAUAUGGACAGUGGAGACUGGAUCCCAAGCUGUACGGAAAGUGAGACUGAGAGAAGAUCUGUAAAUGUCCAUAUGGACCCUCAGCUGGAGGAAAAGCCUGUUACAGAAAAACAGCCAGGUGGAAAAAGAAGUCCAAGAAGCAAAAGAAGCUCCAAUAAAAAAUCUAAAGGUAUUUCUACAGUGGGAGCCACAACGAUCCAGGAGGAAAAUGCUCUUAAUACAGAUACAGAUUUUGUGCAGGCUGAAAGUGCUGUUGAAGCAAAAGAAAACUUUCAUCCAAAGGACCAAAAGCAAACAUUGCAGUCUCUUUUUUCUUUGCUCCGUGAAGAGGUUGAGCAGAUGGAUUCAAAGAUACUGCCCCUGUGUCUCCAUCAGAUAGCUGAGACCUAUUUUCAAGAGGAGGAAUAUGAGAAGGCCAUGAAGUUCAUUCAGCUUGAACGACUUUAUCAUGAGCAGCUGCUUGCAAAUCUUUCUUCCAUACAGGAACAGUGGGAAAGAAAAUGGAAAACAGCAGUUCCCAGUCCAGUUACAACACUGAGGAAUUCAGAUAAAGAGCUGAGUGGCCAAGAACUGGAAAAGCUUACUAGAGUUUGCUCUUCACAUCAACAGCCACAGGCAUCCAGAAAUAAGCUGGUAACUGCAGAAAAUACAUGGGAAAGCAGUUGUUUACCUCAGUUAAUGGAAUCCAGAACUUUAAAGGAAAGAGAAGCUACUGCUUUUAAAUCAGGUACUGAAACUUGUCCUGGCAUUGCACCAAAGAAAGAAGAUAAACAGCUGAGCACUGUCUGCCCAGGUGAAAACAAAACUGAGAGACAGACAGAGGCAGCGAGCCUUCGGGUAGCUGCAGGAAAGGACCACAUGGAGGAGCAGCACUGCAGUGCUGAAUCAACCCUGGAGCCACACACCCAGUCCACAGGGACAGGGGGCAGGCCUUCCUCGGGCUGUUUAUCAUCUGGGGAUGCUGGUGAAGAUAACAGCCUGCAGCUGAGGGAAAGACAGCUCUCCAAGGAUGCAGUGAAAAUAGAAGGGGCUGGGGAGCCGGGAGUGAAACUCCCUCUUGAGCCAAUGGUAGAUGCUUUGGCUUUAACAGAUGAUGAUUAUAUGCCUGCUGAUUUGGUUCCUUCUGACAAAGAUGUGCCAGCUGAUAGAAGUCUGCUCAGAUCAAAAAGUGCUGCUGGGUCUUCAGAAAUUCCUAGUGGCCAGCUUGGAAGCAGUGAUUUAAAGCAGCAACAGAUACAGCCUGAUGAUGAUGAUGAUGAACAGCCUUCAUGGGACAGAACUGCCUCAGGUGAAUGCUCUGGCUGUAAUGAAGUGUCUGAGCAUGAGAGUACUGCCCAUUCACGGGUGGGCAAGGAAAUACAGAGAGCAGCAGGACAGGAGGAGAAGGUCAAUAAUGAGCAAGAAGACUUAUUUCUGAGAUUUUUGAAUGGUAACAUAAUAGACACUGAAGAAUCUGCAGACUUAGCAAACCAAGAGGACUUUGACACUGUUCCAGAUAUUUCACCUGAACGAGCAUCUUAUAACUCCCUGGAAGCUUUAUCACUAGAUGACAGCUUUUCUUCUCUUGAUGAACUUACAAGAAGGAUAGAGAUUACUGAGAUUACCCCAGUGGAAGGAUUGGUGUCUAUACUAAAGAAGAGAGAUGACAGAGAUGGAAAAACAAUUGCUCAAGUCCAGCAAAGGCAAACAAAGAGAAGAGUGAGAUUCCAAGAAAUGGAAGACACAUUGGAUCAAGAUGAAGUGUCUGGUGGCUCCUGUAUUUUGCUGAUCCUGCUGUGCAUAGCAACUGUUUUCCUUAGCAUUGGAGGAACUGCACUGUACUGCACCUUUGGUGACAUGGAAUCCCCUGUGUGUACUGAUUUUGCAGCCAACAUGGAUUUCUAUUAUACACAGAUACUGCAGCGUGUGGAAGAACUUAAACACUGGGUAGCCUUCUCAUAGCUGAAAGGAGUGGACACAGCAUGCUGAGAGCUCACCAGUGGUUACUGGAGAGUAGAACAAAAUUGUGACUUCAAGUUCUCUAACACUUGCCACCUGCAAGUGAUGUGUAUUUGAUGAUAUACUUUCACAUGUACUUAGAAAUCAAGAGAAUUUUAGUUUAGCAAUCAGGUGGCAAAAAAAAAUGUUCACAUCUGUUCACAAGUGUAGCAGCGUGGUAUGGGAGCAUAAAAAGUUAUUAUCUUCAUCGUUUUGAAAGUAGACAAGUAGCUUUUCAUCCACUUGAGCAAGUGAAGAAGAAGGAAGAAAAUUAACUGUCUUCUGUAUUCUCUCCCAUUGCCACACAUUGUGUAAGCAAUCUCUGGAAGCUUAGUAAAAGGACAGCUUUAAUUUACAGCUGUUUGUGCAAAGGUGUUGCCUCCAGCUAUCAUGCAAUAAGUCUCUGUUUUAUGGAAACAUUAUUUUUUUUCUAAGUCUUAAUGUUUUUAUCCAUUUUAUUUUUCCUGGUGAGCCAUGUAAUUAUUUGGGUGGAGUCAGAAGAGUGCAGUGGCAUUCACAGAGCCCUCAUUUGGUAAUUACCAGGCUGACCCUGUAUCCUAUAUUCAGCUUGCAGUGAAUAUCAUGAAUGGGAUAAAUCUGCUGGCAGAUUUCACUAAAUUUCUUGGACCUUUACUCUCAGUAUCAUGUGGGUUAUAUGGAAGGUUAAAAAAGAAAUCACUGGUCUCACUAAACAAAGCAACUGAAGAUGUUUACUAAAUUAUUCAUAUUAAAUAAUCAAGUGGCUUUGGCUCAUUUUAAAGCACCUGGUAGCAGGUGUGGGGCUAACUGGGUUUUCCUCCAGCUAUGUCACUGACUUGGAGUAAUCACUUUGUGCCUCACUUUCUCCUCCAUAAAUGGGGAAUAAUGAUCCUUGCCUUUGUCUAUGAAUAUUGGAAUUAGGGCUCACGUCUGAUUCAUCCCAAAUGAGUGCACAGGAUCACAGAAGUGUGUGGCUGCAGUCUCUGCCAAUUACUAAUGGUUAUGUAAAGGGGGACUGAUCCAACAGAAGAGGCUCAGAGGUUCACUGCAGAUCCAAAGCCUGUUGGUAUUCCAGGGCACUUGUUCCAGCCCAUAAAGCACAUUUGCAUUUAUUUGCCCUGCAGUUCUGAGACCUGUAGUGUAAAAUCUGUUCUUUCUCUAUCAGCUUUACAAACAAAUUUAGAUCAGUACAAAGAGUGAUUUUAAUGGGUAUUUCUAUCACUUGGUGCUCAGCCCUCCCUGUGUGAUGGUGAGAGAAACACGGGCAGGACAGUGAAGGUGAGAGUCAGAUACACAGGCCCUUGGGCCACGCUCUGCCCAGGUGAGGCAGCUGUCCUUGCACAGGGCACAGUGGUGCAGCCCUGCUCCAGGUGUGACAGCUGUCCUUCCACAGGGCACAGUGGUGCAGUCUGUUCCAGAUGUGACAGCUGUCCUUGCACAGGGCACAGUGGUGCAGCCUGUUCCAGAUGUGACAGCUGUCCUUGCAUGGAGCACAGUGGUGCAACCUGCUCCAGGUGAGGCAGCUGUCCUUGCACAGGACACAGUGGUGCAGCCCUGCUCCAGGUGUGAGUGUGAAACAAUUCCUUUUCACCUCAGGAAGCAGCAUUUUUGAGGGGCCCACUUCACUCCACUCUGAUUUCCUGCUUACUAACCUUGUAUGAUGCAGUGUGUUCAGGUUUAGGACAUUAUUUUGUAAAAUGCUAUGAAGUGAAAUCUUUGAGAUACUGCUCAGAAUUAUAACAUUAAAGAUCAUGCUUUCUGACAUUUGCAAGCAAAUUGUCCCUCUAGUGAGCUUGAUUGUUCCUAAUGCACUGUUACACUUAACGGGUUUUUAAAGUGAAAGUUAAAAUCAUGGGUUUUUUCCUAGAAUAAACUGCAUGUAUGAUUUCUCUUUUGGUUUUCACUGUGAAGGCUUAGUUUGUUUAUACCCUAGGGAGUCUCAUGUGCAGCUUUAUACUAAACUAGCAAAUUUCAAAUGCCCAAAUUAAUGAAAACUUUUGGUUUUAGAAUGAAACUUGAGAAUGGUUGUUUGGGGGUUGUUUGUUGUCCUCAAGAGUAUCAUGAUGGGCUGCUCUAAAGGAGAAAGGGAAAGACACUUCUGUGUUUUAAAGUGUUACUGGCUGGUUCAGUUUAUUAUUUGAAUUCUGGGUUUGUUUGUUUAUUUAUUUAGUUUUUCUUUUAAAAAGAAGCUUAAUUUUCUAUUUUGGCAAUUUACUCACAGAAUAAUUAAAAAGCAUGCUUUCAGUUAAAGUAUGUAUUUAUAGUGACUGUGUAGUUAGAAUAUAUUUUGGGUUUCUGUAACUUUGCAUUGAGUGUUUCUGAAUAUUAAGUUUAUUCCUAAAGAGACAACUGUUCAUUUCAGCUUAAAAAAAAAUAUUUUUAACUUUUUGUGCACUUCAUCACCAAAAAGAUCAAGAGGUAUUUAUAGAUCUAUUUAUUAAAAAUAUAUCAAACAUGGUUAGCAAAGAUCCACAACUUUUACGUUCAUUUAAUUAAAACUAUUUUAAAACAAAUAUUUUAUUUUAAACUGUAAAGCUAUUUAAAAUCAAAGCAAUUUUUAAUAAGCAUUUCAGUUUCGAAUCAGUGAUCCAAAUCCUGGCGUUUUCUCUUUGUGCUGUGUUCCUGGUGCAAAGACUCACAAGUAUCAGCAGAACUGCCUGGAAGAUCAUGGGGAGGUUGAGCAGCACGUCACCAGCAGGUACCCACUGAAAAGUGAGCAGCCAGACGUUCUGUGUAACUCAGAACACCCUUCCCUUGUGACAGGAGCAUCUCUUCAGCCUUCCCCAGCCGUGCCAAGGCAGCAGCCCUGCAAAGUCUCCCAGGAUCUGAGGCAGCAGGACGAGCACAUGUGCACAGGCUGUCCAGCUCCUGCUCUGAGCUGCUCACUCCUCAGUUGCAACCAAGGGUUCAAAUCUGGAUCCAAUUUCUGUUGGCAUUCCUUUAUGAAAAGCUGAUGGUGCAAAUUCUUGCUUCAUGUGGCAGUUCUGUCAGUGCAAAUGGUCUGUAGAAUUACAAACUUGCAGCUAUCAACAGACCAAAAUUUGCUGUGCAUUGGAGCUCCAAAGAGUGUGCAGGCAGGCCUGAUGUUGGCCUUCCUACGUGUUCUGUUCUCUUUGGAAUAGUGGUGACAUUGCUUCCAGCUGGGAGACCUGAGGGGUUAGGAUCUUGCAGACAGGUAAAUCAAAGCAAAAAAAAUAGUGGAUUUGAACAGUUACUACUCAUCUGAGUGUUUGAGAUAAAACAAUACCAAGCAAGAGCUCAGAUUGUUUCAGGAGGAAGAAAGCAGUGGAAAAAGGCUUCCCCUUCACACACAUGCUUGGUGCAUUUUAAAGCCUUUUGUAUAUAGCUUUUUAUUCAUUGUUUCCUUCCCUGCCACUGUGUUUAUGGCUGUUCUGCUUGGCAAUAGGGGGACCAUACUGUGCUGAGUUGAAAACAUUUGUAAUUGAUAGAAAAAUUCAGGAAAUGGUUCCAUGCUUGACAGUAGUUUGAAAAACUUUUCAUAAAAUAUGGCUGGAUUUCAGGCUGCUAGUGUACCUUCAGAGAAGUUGUGCCACUUAAUCAUCUGCAGCACUCUGCUAGAAACACCCACCUUCCUGUUUAUUCUUUGAGCAUAAUUAUUUCAAAGAGAUUCUUGUGAUAACAAGGCUUUUUAUGUAGAUUCAGCAUUAUGCUGACAAAAGAUCUGACCACAUAAUUAACACCCUCACCCCAAACAGCCUAGACUCGACCAAGAAAGGCACUGUGCUGUAGUGUAGCCACCCUAUACUACAGGCUUCUUCUCAAGACAGCAUGAGGAAGCAGACAUUCCACAGCCCAGGUAUGCCAGCAGAAGUUUGUGAUCUAGACACAGGCCAUUUCAAUUUUUUUUUCCAUUAUCCUUGGUUUCAUACCUGGAAAAUGCAGAGUAGCCCUGGUGACAAGGAGUAGGAGGAAUUGUAACAAAAAGAGAAAUUCUCGUUUAGGGUUCUUGAUAGUAAAGGGCGAGUUUGAACUAUCAAGUAAACAGAGUACAUUGGAAGUCCAGAUUCUUGAGUGACUGGGUACUGUUCCACUCAAUAACCUAAAGGGAUGACCCUCCUAAGGAAACAUGUUUGCCUACUUUGUACUGUAUUGUAAAACCAGGAACAUCUGAAGGGAAUCAAAGUUAUUUGUAACAAAUUUAUCUUAAGCUUCCUUUAGCAAAAGGAGUAAAUAACUGUCUUUGAAAAUCACCCAAGCUUGUAAUUUACAUACUGUAGCAAAAAAAAAAAAAAUAAAAACUGUCCCAAAGAAAAUACAUUAAU